GGUGACCGUUAUUUUGAUGUUGUUUGGGCGGGAACUCCAAAUUAUAGGAGAAUCGGAAUCCAAACGCUGAAAUGAGCAGAAUGAGCCACAGAGUCUUGCAGCCUCACCGAGUUAGUGAGGCUACCAGAUAUGGACUAGUUACACCUCAGAGUGUGUCGAAUGCACGGUUUGGUUCUGGAACCUCCGAGAGAAGGACCAGUUAUUUUGGAAGAAGGAACAGUAGCAUUGGAACAUUUUCUACAAAUAUAUAUGGAACAUGCGGAGGCACAGAGAAGAUAAAAGAUCCACGACCCCUCCAUGAUAAAGCUUUUGUCCAACAGUGCAUUCGACAGCUUUGCGAGUUCCUCGGGGAAUAUGGUUAUCCACAACCUGUAUCAACUAAGAGUCUGCAAUCGCCCAGUUCCAAGGAAUUUCUGAAGAUCUUUGCCUUUUUAUAUAACUUGAUUGAUCAAUCUUACCAGAUGCCGGAUUCAAAGUUUGAGGAAGAGAUUCCUAGGAUCUUCAAAUCUCUUGGGUAUCCUUUUCCGUUGUCAAAAAGUUCAAUGUAUACAGUAGGAGCUCCACACACUUGGCCACUGAUUCUUGGUGCAUUGGUUUGGCUGAUGGAUAAUGUUAAGCUGGUCAACUCUGUUGAUCCGGAUAAGAUCCUGUUUGGUCCUGAUAAGGACUGGGAUGUGGUGGAGAAUGUGACUGAUGAUGGUGUUCAUAAUAAUAGGCUGUUCAUUGAUUAUACAAGUAAGUGUUAUUCACGUUACCUUUCUGGCAUAGACGACUACGAAGACUUGAAUUUGGAGAACUUGACUUUACUGAAGCAGCAUUUUGGAGUGGAUGAAGCCCAAUUUGAUGCUUUCACUGCAGAAAACAGAAGUUUGGCAGAAGAGCUGGAAAAGUUGGAGAAAGAGAAACAGAAUGAGCCGGACAGGGUUCAGGCACUGGAGAAAACAAAAAUAAGUUUGCAAAAGGACCAACAGAAAUAUAAGAAAUACCUGGAAGAAAUGGAACAGCACAAAAUUCUUCUUGAGCAGAGAGCAAAAGGAAUCAAAGAUGAAAUAGAAUCUGCAGAAUUGGAGUUAGAUGCAGUUAAAGAGGAGAGCAACAAAUUGCAGCAAAUAUAUGAUGUACAGGAAGUCUCAGCCGUUGAUGUUAAGAAAAUGAAUCAUGAGAAAAAUGAGUUGCAUCAGGCAACAAUUUUCCUGAGCAAAAGCCUUGAAGAUGCAGAGAAGAGGAUGUGGAAUGAAGAGAUAAAAGUGACAAAGGCCAAGGAAAUGCUGGAAGUCAGACUACAAGACUACCAUACAAUGGCUCGGAAGCUCAAGCUAAUUCCUAAAGCAGCUGAAAAUGCUCAAGCACAAAACUUUGAGAUCAGCCUGUUGGAUAUUGUGUCUGGGAAAAAGAAUCUACCACAAAAUACUGAAAAAAUAAAACUUGCCCUCAUGAAUCUACUAAAACAAAUAAAUGAUGAUAUUGAACAUCUGAAGCACAAGAAAAUGAGUGUGCAAGAGGCCAAAGAACAGGUUCAGACCAUGAUAGAUGACAAAGCAAAUGAUGUGAAAAUGUUAAAAGAACAAAUUCGAAAGGUGGAUGAAGCAAUUGAACAAGAAAAGGAGGAAGAUAAUCGAAAAACGACAAAACAAGUCCAAGAGCUUGAAUCACUGGAAAAUCAGCGGAAACGUUUGCAGAAACACUUGAACGAUGAAUUAGAUGAAGCAAUUGGACAGUUGAAAAUUGCUAAAUAUCGAUUUGAUGAAGUGGAGCAGAAGACGACAGAAUCUAAAAGAAAAAUAACAAACAAGUUACAGUUGUGCUUGGACACAAUGACCCAGCAUGUCACCAGCCUAGAGAACUACCUUGUGGAUUAUCAAAAAGGUGCUACGAGAGACUGUGAGGAAUCCUUGAAGGACGACUUCUUAAAAGAUCUGAAGUCUAUAACCGAAUCAUGCAAAGAGAUGGCCAGCUCUCUCUGAGCUGUAGGCAACAGGAUGCAUGAUAUGUCUUGUUUCUAUAUGUACAGUUUGUAUUAAGGAAAGGACACCAAUGCAGGAAUAUAUUGUCUUCCAACUGAUAUUUUUUUGAGACUGUGAGAUGCUUGGCCUUAACAAAACCUCUUGCAGGCAGAAUGUCCAUUCUGGAUUUGUAAUACUGUCAGAGCAAAAGUAUUUUCAAAUAUAGUGUCCAAUAUAUCCUCAUGGAGGAAUUUUAGAGCCUAGACUUGGUUUUUCGGAAUUCCCUUCCAGCUAGCUUUGACCAAUGAAGGUGAUUGAUCUAGAAUAAUAGAUACUUCAUGUAAAUUGCAUAUUAAUAAGUCUUCAGUCAAUGUUCCAGUCUUGAGUAUCAAGAUAUGAUGUAAUUCUUAAAUUCUCUCUUAAUUAAAACACUGCUUAAGUCAUAUGUUAACUAACAGCCUCCAAUCCAGGAUCUUUGGUUCAGGCUUUUUUUUUAUAUAUAAAGUGAGACUGGGGUGGGGAGGUGUUGGGUAUUUGUGCUGGCCCAAGUCUCUGGAGGGAACAAAUUGACCUGAUUGCUGUCUGUAAUCUCCAAACUUCAAUGAGGAUAAUAUAUGCUUAAAUUAAUUAUAGGUCUAUUGGCAGUUGCCAUGCAGAAUUAAAGUACAACCUCAGGGCGGGGGGAGAAUGGUCACUAGCUACUUCAUCAAAAGGAGAGGGCAGGUAAUUUGCAGGAAAACAGAGGGAGGAAUUGGUCUUUGGUUUGGUAGCAGCCUGCUCAUAUGGCCAUUACAUCUUCAGAUUCUUUCAGUUUGCAGUUCACAUCUCUAGAGAAGACCUGAAUUCUCUGCAGCAUUAAGUUUCUGGAGCAUCAUAUUGUUCCCUAAAUAUAUUCAAGGUUUUGUUUUACCAGCCUCGGGAGUCUAUUCCAUGAAAUGCAGAAACUCUAUACUUACCUUGUAUUAAACAGAAUCCCACUGCUAGUCUUCAGCUUAAAGUAAUUUUUCAAGUGUAAUCUGUUGAGCUUUAAUAUUCUUAGGUAUUUUAGUAAAAUGAUUAUCUCAAUGUGUAUGUUUUGAUGAUGUAAAUUAGUUCUUAGGUUAUCUAAUAAAUAGUGUAAACACCUGCAAUGUUGCCUGAAUAGAGGACUAUCGUUGGUCAAACUGGCCACAAUCAAAAGAAUUCCUGAUCAGUAGAAGAACGCAACCCAUCCAGUAAUCAGUUGUCAGGACGUUGCUGAUAUGAUAACAACAAACAGCAUGGAGAUUGGCAGCAGUCUUGAAGAAUGAGACUGCAAGAAUGAGAUCACUGAGAGGAAUAGCAAAGGACUUGCAGGGUUACAGUGGAAAAAAAGGGAAAUGGCAUUGAGUGAAUUGUUCAAUCAGAGAGCUAGCACACAAACUCUUGUGUAAUAUACUGUAUUUGGAUUUUCAGAAGGUGUACAGUAAGGUACCACACCGUAGAUUCUCCAACACCACGAGCAUUUCAGCCUUUGUAGAGAGGACUGGCUAAAAAUAUAAGACAGAAUUCCAAAAAGGAGGCAUUUACAGGAUGGGAAUUCCACAAGUAGUGGAAUGCCACAGAGAAUUAGUACUGCGACUACCAUUACUUAUAUGUAAAUUGAUUAGAAAAGUGAAUAUAUUAUAGCCAGGCUUGCUGGGAAAACAGAAUUAGUUGAGAAGGCAAAUGAGGAUGACAAAAGAGGGCUACAGACAAAUAAAGCAAGUGGGCAAAAUUUCUGUUGAUGGAAUAUAGUGUGGAAAAUUGAGAGGUUGUGUACUUUGGCCGGAAGAACAGAGGAGCUAAAUAUUUUGUAAGUGGAGAGAAGUGACAGAAAGUUACAACACAGGAAUUUGGAAGUCCUCAUGCAUAAAUCACAAUCAUGUAUCCAAAUUCUGCAGUUAGCAGGAAAGACAAAUGCAAUGCCAGCCUUUACUUUGAAAAGAAUGAGAUAAAAGAAAAGGGAGGUUUUGCUAAAACUACAGAAGAUAUUAGUGAGACCAUAGCUUGAAUACUAUUAAGUUUUGGGCCCAUAAUCUAAGGAGAGAAAAUUCACAAGACAUUAAAGGACUGUGUUAUGGGGAGAAGUUGAGUAGGAUUAGAAUUUAGAAGAGUCAGGGGUGUUUCUAUUGAUAAAAUUCAAAUUCUUCAGGGCUUGACAGGGUACAUGUAUGAAAGUUGUUUCUCCUUGUGGGAGAGUCCAGGUGCAGAGGGCAUUAUCUCAGAAUUAAAGGGUUGCCCAUUUAAAACUGAGAAGAAAUUCCUUCUUAUUUGAGAAUAGAGAAUCUGAAAUUCUUUACUGCAGAGGACAGUCUGCAUCAAAGGUAGGUCUGAGUGGCAUAAGGGUGUAGCAUUGAAUGAAGCCUUUGGGUAAAAUUAACAUUCCACCAUAAUAUCCUAACUCCAUUAGACUCUGAUUUCACUGUUGCUUGAGCUGACACUUUAAUAAUGCACCAAGUGGAUCAGGGAGCUAUUGGACAGCAGGGCUCUGACAUUUGUGAGGUGGGAUACAGGGUUUCAGAAACUUAAAUAAACAAACUUGAUAGAAUCUGAUAAGUCACCAGCAGUGGCAGAUCCUCCUUGCAGUUCAGCUCCUAUACAUUGAAGAGCUGGGACCUGGAAGAUAGAUAAUCUUGAUGUUAAUGAGCCUAUAUUCACACCAGUCUAUCGUUGAUGAUGAACGCUAGUAAUUCCACAACUAUUAGCAAAGGUGUUGUUUAUCAACUGAAUAAGAAGACACCUUGCCUGUCAAUAUUUUUAUGUAGGUAGAGUUUCUGGUAGAUAGGAUAGUGAAGAAGGUGUUUGGUAUUCUUUCCUUUAUUGGUCAGAGUAUUGCGUACAGGAGUUAGGAGGUCAUUUUGUGGUUGUACAGGAUGUUGGUUAGGCCACUUUUGGAAUAUUGCAUACAAUUCUGGUCUCCUUCCUAUUGAAAAGAAGUUGUGAAACUUGAAAGACUUCAGAAAAGAUGUACAAGGAUAUUGCCAGGGUUGGAGGAUUUGAGCUACAGGAAAGGGUUGAAUAGGCUGGGGCUGUUUUCUCUGGAGCGUCAGAGGUUGAGAGGUGACCUAAUAGAGGUUUAUAAAAUCAUGAAGAGCAUGGAUAUGAUAAAUAGACAAUGUUUUUCCCUGGAGAGGGGCAGUCCAGAACUAGAGAGCAUAGAUUUAGGGUGAGUGGGGAAAGAUAUGAGACCUAAGGGGCAACUUUUUCUCUCAGAGCGUGGUGCGUGUAUGGAACGAGCUGUCAGAGAAAGUGGUGGAGGCUGGUACAAUUGUAACAUUUAAAAGGCAUUGGAUAGGAAUAGGAAGGGUUGGAGGGAUAUCAGCUGGAUGCUGGCAAAUGGGACUGGAUUGGAUUGGGAUAUCUGGUCGAGUUGGACCAAAGGGUCCGUUUCCAUGAUGUACAUCUCUAUGACUCCAACCAAUUUAUUCAGAUAUAUCAUGAAACUUAAACCUGGGCCUCCUUGUAUCACUGCACCUUACAAACUAACAUUCUUUAUAUACAAUAGAGUACCAGGAUUUAGACAAACUUUGUGAUAUCCCCUUUCAAUGUUUAUUAACAUUUUCUUCAUUCCUACUUUCUAAGACAGAGCUUUAGACAAUUUUUUGAACCCUCUUUGAAAAUCCCUGUUAAUACUGAAUAAGCUAAUAAAGGGACCAUUUGCUGUCUACUUCUAAUAGAAUGGCUACAAUUCAGGAGGAGGCAUCCAACCCAGAAUCUGUGCUGGCUCGCUCCAAGAGCAAUUCAAUUAAUAGAGUGUGUGUUGCUAGAAAACCACAGUAGGUCAGGUAGCAUCUGAGGAGCAGGAAAAUUGACAUUUUGAGCAUAAGCCCUUCAUCAGGAAACCUGUACACCUUUCAAGUGAGGAGACCAAAUUGGUACACACUUCAGGUUGGUCUCACCAAAGCCCUAAAUAGCUGCAGUUUUAUAUUCCAAUUUCCUUGCAAUAAAUGACAAUGUUCCUUUUGCCUCAUUAAUCACUUGCAAUACCCGUACACCAUGGUUUUGUGAUUCAUGUACCAAGACACCCACUUUCCCCUGUAUAUCAGAGCUCUGCAAUCUGUCUUCAUUUAAAAAGUAUGCUGCUUUUCUAUUCUUCCUGCCAAGGUGGACAAGUUCAUAUUUUUCAAUAUUGUAGUCCACCUGCUAAAUUUUUGCCCACUAACUUAACCUAAUUACUUUUGCAUACUCUCUAUUUCUUUUGUGAAUUUGGUACAAUUGAGUUUCACAUUAAGAGUCCGAUUGUGUGAUAACAUUAUAAUGAUGUUAUCGGCCAUUUUGGACAGGACCUAGGUAACACCUCCUUAAUAAAGCUCCUGCUGCUUAAAA